CAAUGACAUCGCUAUCCUGCACUCUGCAACCACCAUUACCUUCAACAACAAUGUUCGCGCUGGUUCCAUCGCUGGACCCGACUAUCACUUCGCUGAUUACCAGCCUGUUUGGGCUGUUGGAUGGGGUACAACUGUUAACGGUGGUUCUUCCAGUGAGCAGCUCCGUCACGCUCUGCUGAUGGCCUAUAGCCAGAACGCAUGCAGAUACAAAUACGCCCUCUAUAGCAUCGUUAUUACUGACAACAUGGUGUGCUCCGGCUGGCCCGAUGGUAGUCGUGACCAGUGCCAGGGUGACUCCGGCGGUCCCCUCUUGCACAACAACAACGUUAUCGGCAUCUGCUCCUUCGGUAUUAAAUGCGGCCAGUAUAAAGUACCCGGUGUCAAUCUUCGCGUAUCUCGCUACACCUCUUGGAUCAUCUCAAACUCAUAAGAAUGUGUUGAUGGAAUGAAACGACAAUUUGUCAAAAUUCAAAAUUCAUUUAUUGAUUCUUACUAUGAAAUUAUGUACAUUGGUAUUAAAAGAUUUCUUCGCAUUUUUUUCUUCGCUAACCCAAUUUAAUGUGUGUAUUGACCGUCAGUUUACUGAAAAUCAAUAAUUAUUAAAUAAAAUAUCCACAAACAUACAAUUUGGUAGGUACCUAUAUGUUGGAAACAAUAUUAGGGUUAUUGUUGGUUUCACCGUUCAACGGUCAGCUAACACCGCUUUAUCUAAAGUAUUACGAUUACAUUACGCACCUGCACUAAAAAGACAUUUCUCAAAAAUCAAUACCUAUUCAUAAAAUGAUGAUAGGAGCUUUUUGAUAAGCAAAAAAUAUAGGUACGGAUAGGUUGUUAGCAUACAAUGCAUACAGACAAAACUGUUACUUUU